CCCCGAAACGGCGGAGACGCAGAGUCCGAGUUUGACGGUCAAUCACUCCGAUAAAGUGAUGACGGGCCCAGCGGGAAAUGGAGGACGGGGUCGGGGAACAUCGUUGCUGCCACCGGAGGAGUACAGCUCCACCAUGACGGAUAGAAAGGUUGCGUUGCUCAUUGCCCUGACCUGGGCGUUGCCUGUUCUGGCCACUGUGGUUCUGGUGUCGCUCAGCGCCCCGCUGCAGCUCUGUGGGAACGUCAUCGAUAAAGUUUUCUGUGGGAAUUUCUCCAUCGUUAAGCUGAGCUGCUCUAACACCAGCAUUAACAACGUUUACGGUCUGGUUCUGACCGUCGUCUCCAUCGUCGCUCCGCUCGUUUUGAUCCUCUACACCUACGGAAAGAUUCUGGAGGUGUGUUUCUGUGCUACCAAACAGACACGACAGAAAGCCGUCAGCACCUGCACGCCUCACCUGGCCUCCAUCCUGAACUUUUCUUUCGGCUGCUGUUUCCAGAUCCUGCAGAGCAGGUUUGACCUCAGCAGGGUGCCUCCGGUGCUGGCCAUCGUUUCGUCGCUUUACUUCCUGACCUGCCAGCCGCUCUUCAACCCGGCGCUGUACGGCCUGAAAAUGGCCGCUAUCCGAGAUGCGUGUAAACGUUUGUUAUGUGGGGAAAACUCAGCUUCUGCAGCAGCUUUUCAUGCCUGAGAACCUUCAGCUUGACUCAAGCUCUUCUUCUUCUUUUCGUUGUUUCCAGCCUCAGGUUUGAUGUUUUUCAUUAUUGAAUCAUUUUCAGUUUGUAGAUGAGGAAUCAUUUUUAACAUGUUGUUACCGACAUUUUUCUCUCUAUUGAUGUUUUUUUGCUUUGCGGAUGUUUUAAAACAGGAAGUAAAACUUAUUUUCAUUUCAUUUUCAUCAUAAACCAUGAAGGUCCUCAUGGGGCAACUGUGGUAAAAAAUACUGAUAAAACUGUUAAAAUGGGACCUUAACAAAUUUUACAUUUAGCAUCAAAGUAAU